AUGCCACCAAUUCGCAAUAAAAAGUCAAAAGAUUUGAUUGAGCAAGAAGGCCGAAUUUUAUUGGCUAUUUCCGACUUUCAGAAUGGCAAAAUCCCAAAUAUUGCACAAGCUGCUGAGAUUUAUAAUAUUCCUCGUACAACUCUCCGAAAUCGACUGCAUGGCACUCAACAGAGGCUCCUUGUACGCGCUAACAGCCAUAAAUUGACCCAACCUGAGGAGGAAUCACUUGUCAAAUGGGUGCUUGAUUUAGAUCGACGUGGAUUACCACACCCCCCCGGCACUCUCUUGUACGAGAAAUGGCUAAUCAUCUUCUCUCACAACAUGGAGAUCAACAGGUUGGAGAGAAAUGGGUGUAUAAUCUUAUUAAACGUCGCCCGGAGAUUGAUUCAAAGUUCUCACGAAGAUACAACUACGAACGUGCUAAAUGCGAAGAUCCAAAGAUAA